GAGUCCCCAGAAAAUAGAAGCAUAUUUCAGACAGUGAAAAUCAGAACAAGUAGCUGCUGACGUAAAGAGAAGUGUACUAAGGAUCACUUUGUGAGGAAAAUUUUUUAAGAGCAGCUGUCAAUUCAUCUGUGCACACUAAGCAGGGAGACAGCGAACUUGGAAAAAUACCUGUCUGUAUUGGUGCCAGAUGUGGUGAAGAGCCUGUAUUUUCCCCUGUGUGGUAUAUAGUGCCUUAAAAAAUGGGGUUUGGAGGUGACCUGAAGUAUUCCCAUGAUGCUUUAUUAAAACUGCAAGACUGGGAACUACGACUGCUGGAAACAGUGAAGAAAUUUAUGGUAAUGCGAGUGAAAAGUGAUAAGGAGUAUGCUUCCACUUUACAGAAUCUUUGUAAUCAAGUAGAUAAAGAGAGCACUUGUCAACUGGAUUAUAUCAGCAAUGUGUCCAAGUCUUGGUUGCUGGUGGUACAGCAAACAGAACAGCUGAGCAAAAUAAUGAAGACGCAUGCAGAGGAUCUUAAUUCUGGGCCUUUGCAUAGGCUUACAAUGAUGAUCAAAGAUAAGCAGCAAGUUAAGAAGAGUUACGUAGGUGUUCAUCAACAAAUUGAAGCAGAGAUGUACAAGGUCACAAAGACAGAACUAGAGAAACUAAAAUCUAGCUAUAGACAACUAAUAAAAGAAGUAAAUUCUGCCAAAGAAAAAUAUAAAGAAGCUGUGGCUAAAGGAAAGGAGACUGAGAAAGCCAAAGAUCGGUGCGAUAAAGCCACUAUGAAGCUUCAUAUGUUACAUAAUCAGUAUGUGUUGGCUCUGAAAGGAGCACAGCUACAUCAGCACCAGUAUUAUGACACUACACUUCCUCUGUUACUUGAUUCACUACAGAAGAUGCAAGAAGAAAUGAUUAAAGCCCUAAAAGGAAUCUUGGAUGAGUAUAGCCAGAUCACCAGUCUUGUAACAGAAGAGAUUGUGAAUGUCCAUAAAGAGAUCCAGACCUCGGUUGAACAGAUAGACCCUAACUCUGAGUAUAAUGACUUCAUAGAUACUCACAGGUCAUCAGAAGUUGUUGAACAAGAAAUAGAGUUUGAUACAUCUUUACUAGAAGAAAAUGAAAACCUUCAAGCUAAUGAGAUCAUGUGGAAUAAUCUAACAGCAGAAAGUUUGCAAGUCACGUUAAAAACAGUAAUAGAAGAACUGAUUCAGACCCAGCAAACCCUUUUGAGCAAAGAGGAACUUGUGUUGGAACUAGAGAAAAAAAUAGAAGAGUCCUCUAAGACUUGUGAAAAGAAGUCUGAUAUUGUACUCUUGCUGAGCCAAAAGCAAGCGCUGGAAGAACUCAAGCAAACAGUUCAGCAAUUAAAAUGUUCUGAGGCAAAAUUUGCAGCCCAGAAAGAACUACUGGAACAAAAGGUUCAGGAGAAUGAUGGGAAAGAGCCACCACCUGUAGUGAAUUAUGAAGAAGAUGCCAGAUCAGUCACUUCUAUGGACAAGAAGGACAAAGUCUCAAGAUUUGACACUAUACGUCAUUCCAUAGCUGGAAUUAUAAGGUCUCCAAAAUCCAUGUUGGGGUCAUCGUCGUUCUUUGAUGUAAUAUCAACCACUGAGAAACCAUUGGCUGAGCAAGACUGGUAUCAUGGUGCAAUUCCAAGAAUAGAAGCCCAGGAGCUGUUAAAACAGCAAGGAGACUUCUUGGUGCGAGAGAGCCACGGGAAACCUGGUGAAUAUGUCCUUUCUGUGUUUUCAGAUGGACAACGGAGGCACUUUAUCAUACAAUAUGCUGAUAAUCAAUAUCGCUUUGAAGGAACUGGGUUUCCAACUAUUCCUCAGCUUAUAGAACACCAUUACACAACAAAGCAAGUUAUUACAAAGAAAUCAGGUGUUGUUCUGCUGAAUCCUGUUGUUAAGGAUAAGAAAUGGGUUCUUAAUCAUGAAGAUGUCACACUAGGAGAAUUACUGGGGAAAGGUAAUUUUGGUGAGGUGUAUAAGGGAACAUUAAAGGAUAAAACUCCUGUUGCUGUAAAAACUUGUAAAGAAGAUCUUCCUCAGGAACUGAAAAUAAAAUUUCUCUCAGAAGCCAGAAUACUCAAACAGUAUGAUCAUCCUAAUAUUGUAAAACUUAUAGGAGUUUGCACCCAACGACAACCUAUUUACAUUGUUAUGGAACUUGUUCCAGGUGGUGAUUUCCUGUCCUUUUUAAGAAAAAAGAAGGAUGAGCUAAAAACCAAACAGUUGGUGAAAUUUUCAUUAGAUGCUGCUUCUGGUAUGGCAUAUCUUGAAUCUAAAAAUUGUAUACAUAGAGACCUGGCUGCAAGGAACUGCUUGGUAGGUGAAAGCAACAUUUUGAAAAUAAGUGAUUUUGGAAUGUCCCGGCAAGAGGAUGAUGGCGUGUACUCAUCGUCAGGCCUAAAGCAGAUUCCUAUCAAGUGGACUGCUCCAGAAGCUCUCAACUAUGGGAGAUACACAUCUGAGAGUGAUGUAUGGAGCUUUGGAAUCCUUCUGUGGGAGACCUUCAGUUUAGGAGUAUGUCCGUACCCUGGAAUGACCAACCAACAAGCACGAGAACAAGUCGAGAAAGGCUACCGAAUGUCAGCACCACAAAAGUGUCCAGAAGAAAUAUAUAAAAUAAUGCAGAGGUGCUGGGACUACAAACCAGAAAACCGGCCAAAAUUCAGUGAGAUUCAGAAAGAGCUGUCUUCAAUCAAAAAGAAAGUGACAUAGUGACAAGCAAGUGCCAAAUUCAAUGUAUGGGACUUUAUUUUCCAGUGAAGUAAUUUUUUCCCCUCAAACACUAUGCGUUUAUACAACAUUAUUUGCAAUAUUCUUCUAGGAUUACUUUGAAAUUAACUGGUUUUUUAUAUACAUGUUUACCAUCUUGAAUGAUGUCUACACCUGCAUUAAAGACAUAUACUGCAGAAUGCUAUAUAUCCAGUCACAGUAAUAUUGUCAUUUAGGUUAUAUGUAAAUAGAAAAGCACAUUAAUUAAGGGACUGUGGCUUCUAUCUGUUUUACAGCAAGUAACUGCUAGUGACAUUUUUCAGAGGUUUUCUACUUCAAGCUACGUUCUCACUCUGCUGUCCCUGCCCCAAAUAUCAACACCAGCAGCACUCUAAUGUGGUGACUGUCGUACAUGUUGCCCUUAAAACUGAAUAGAGUUUUGACAAGUGUUUCAACUAGAAAAUUUUAUAUGUUUUGAAUUAUUUCUGCAACUGGUAUUUUGUUUUAAGGAUGAAGGUCAGUUAGAUUCUGGAUGCAAAUGUGCUUACUGAACAGUGAAAUCCAGAAUUUUCUUUUGUAGAAAAUUUAGUUGCUUGUGCAUUUCUUACCAUACUGUAGUAAAUACUUUUGACUUUUGAUGUGAUUUACUUAAGCCAUGCCUUUUCUUGCUACAAAGCCAUCAGAAUUAAGUAAUAUCUCCUUUACAAUGACGUAUGUUUAUUUAAGAAAGAAAAAAUCCAGUAUCAAGUCUUGACUACACAUGUUAAGAAAUACUGCAAAUCAUCUGCAUUCCAAAAAGCAGUAGGCCAACAGAAAGAGGUUUACUAAUGAUAGCAGCAGAUAACAAAUAUCACGGAUCUUAGAGGAGGAAAGAAUGAGAAUUCCUAGAUUCACUUUUAAUCCUGAUUUUUUUUCCCUUAAAUUGGUAAUAAUUCCCAGAAUGCAGCUGGAGCCUAGAAAAGUUUAUGCUAAACAAAAGUACAUCCCAUGCAUAGCGUCCAAAGGAAAAUACUACUUCUGUAUGGCAUAAGGAAAUUGUUCAAGAAACCAAAAUAAAGAAGUAUGUUUAAAGCCUCUGACAGGCUGAGCAAGGCAGAGUAGAAAUACUAACUGUCUAACUUUUUUAAAUCAUUGCAAUCAGAUUUCAAAAGACUGGGGACACGCAAGUUUUAAAUGCCACCAGGAAUAAAAACCUUGUCUAUAUUUAAAAAAAAAAAAAAAAUCCACCAGAAAGAAUACUAGCUAGGGGAGGGAGGAAAGGAAUAGUUUGUUAGUCUGGCUCUGGUCCUCUUUGCGGCUGGAAUUAUUUUCUAGAGCCCUACAUAGAAAUAGGAACAAGUUACAUUAUGCUGGUCUGAGUUCCAGAGUUAAGGUGCUUAAAAUUUUUCUAAGAAUUAACUAAAAUUUUUCAGAUUAAGGGAUGCCAGUUGCUGCCAAUGCAAGUAAGAAGCAGGAACUGUAAGUAACACAGCAUCUGGAAUGUUAAUUAGCCCUAUAUUUUAUUGUUACAGUGGGAUUGAGAUGUAGUGAAGUCAGUGGCUACAUUACACUUUUAUUAAGGUGACUUUUCUAUUGUCCACAACGUUUUUGCUCUCUGAAGUGUAUUUAUAGUAGUAGUGAGUGGUAAAGUUUAAGGGCUAUCUGUGACCAAAAUAUGUGUAGCCUAGAAGAGUUUGUCUGUUGCAUUCGAGUUGGCAUCCAAAUAAAACAAUGAAUGAUCUGCUGGAGCACACCAUCUGUAUUUGAGCUGGAGCUGUCAGCAUCCAAGUAUAAGGAAUGGUGAGUGCUUCUUGCAUUUCUAAACUAAUUUUUUUUCUUGGAGCUAAGGAAGCAUAUACAUACCCAUAAAGGUAUAGUACUUGGAGAACUUGGUGGCAUAAAUUUAAACUUCCUUAUAAGCAUACUGGAUAUAUUUACUUAGUUCUGUACUUCCAAGUAGCCCAAAGAUAUUUUCCAAGAGAAAUGGGAAACAUUCUUGUUAGCUUGUAUGCUUUUAAGUAGUACACAAAGUUUGUGCCUUAAUUUGCUAGUAUGCUAAUGCGAGUGCAAGUGUACUGAGAUUUAAGGAGUGUUCCACAAUCAUUUUGAAAAAUCUAAGAUUCACCCAAUUGCAUCACUGUCCUUAUAUAUGCAUCACUAAAGUCCGCAAGUAAGGAUGACGGUGUCUCCUCUGUCAGCAUUCAUUGUUUCUCUGGAGAGUUAAUCUUUUUCUGCUAUGAAAGAGAUGAACUCUUUCUUUGCUAUAUGCCAUCUUGAUAGCAAAGAAAUACUGUUUUAUUUUUAUAAAAUAAAAUGCUGCUUUAUUUGUCUUAACCAGUCACCAUCCUGAUUCUCAUGGAAAGAUAAAAAUUGUACUCAUAUUUUAUUCUGAAGUAGUUAACAUUUGUAAUUCAUAUCACACUUCUGUUUAAAUUUAAAGACUUUUUAAAAUGUGAUUUCUACAAUAGCGAGAAAAUUUAUUAUUAAUCCCUGAAGUAGGCAUCAGUUCAAAAAUGGUAACUCUGGUAAGAAUACCAGAAUGAGUUUAUAGGUAUAGAAUAAAUUUAAACACAGGUACAUGUCUCGUCAGCUAUUUAAACUGUUUUCUUAUGGUUAAUUUGAUAGUUUGUGGCAGAAUUUGUUCAUCAUGUCUUACUUGUAAUUAUUGCAGUUAUACAAUAUAGGAAGUGGAAUCCAUGCCUAUAGAUACUGUUUUUAAGUUUCUGUAAACUUCUCACAGGGGAGUUCACAAACAAAUCUACCAUACAGUGAUAUUUAAAAGAAAGAUGUGGUAUUCAAGAACCAAAGCUGCCAUAUGUGCUUUCUGUGGACUUUUGAUGACUUAGUCUUGCAUUAUUCAUCAGUUAGCCAGAUACUGGUCAUCUGGCUCGUAUACUGUGUUUAUCCUGGAGAACCUACAUAAAAGUUGAGACUCGGUCUCGUUUGCAAGUGUAGUUUCAGGUAGGUUCUUACACUGGCAGUGUCGCAACCAGGGGAAGCCUGAGGGAAUCCUGAUUUUUUUUAUGCUGUUAAAUGGGAGAAACUCUGAAUACUGUUAAGGGUCAAGUAGAAAUACAUCAGCCUGUUACAUGAGAUGGACUUCAACAGAUUAUCUGUUACUUUCAUCUUUGUCCAAGGAAUUACAUUUAUCAUGUUAAGAAAGAUUGUUUGGAGGGCAAAAGUUUUUGUUUGUUUGUUUUCAGUAGAAAUUAAGCACACAUGUUAGCUUCAGAGUUCAGUCAUCAGUGAAAUUAUGAGGAUUCCUAAGCAUUUCAAUUUUCUGGAAAGUAAAACAGUGAAAAGUGUCUUGUUUGAAAACAAACCUUGCUUCAGCAAAGUGUGACCUUGUAGAGUCAGUGUCCCACCAAGACAUUCUCUUUGAAUUGUACAUUUUCAUUAGUUUUGAGUGAAACAAUGAAAUUUUUUUUUUAUUUAGCAACUGCAGUUAUGUGCAUUUCUUCUUAACAAAAAUUUGCCUUUUUUCAGAGUUGCUUAAUAUUUUUAUUGGAAGUUACUACUGGAGCAUGCAUCACCAAAAGGCUAUCAAUAAGAACUGCAGUUUGUAAAGUAAGCCUGAUCUUACUGAUGAGAAACAGAAAAUUGUUUAAGAAAAUAUUAAGUUAUUCAUACUUAAGUAUUUUUUGAUCCGUGUCUUUCACUACCUGUUAUGCUUACUCAAAUCCUACAAGCACAUCACUAAAACCAUGGUUAUCCAUGUUAUCUCUUAGAACUAUUUUGUUAUCCCUUUUGCACCCAUUGUAAAGAUACUAAAGAAAAAAUAAAACCACUUUCCUGAGGUCACAGAGUAGCAACUCUCAGAAACAGUCAGAAAUGUCUCCCCCUCCCCAGUUUUCCCAGAUGUGCUGCUGCAUGGAUAUAAACAAUAGUGAUUAACUACUACCCCUGUUUCCAUUAUUCUUGCUGUCAUGUCCUUUAAAUGACAGUGCCACUGAUGCACUUGAAACAGUGAAAUAUUUGAAGGGAUGAGUUAGUGGGUAAAUAGCGUCAUCAAACGUGGUAUUCAAGAGCAGUAGUUCUGAAAAUGGCUGGUUGUCACAAGUAACGAUAACUCAUUGGAAAGAUGGAAUAAAAAGAAAGAGGCUAAUUGAGAGUCCACUUUCUGUAACAGCUGUCCUGUUUGUAGGCAGUAGAAAUGUUAUGUCAGUGUACUUGGAUUUGUAAGAUUUUUAUGACUGAGCAUAAAAUAAUUUGCUAUUAAAAGAAGAGUUC